AAGGGCAUCUGAUUUUAAUUAACGCACUAAGUGAAGUGAAGAUUCAUGGAUGACUUGCGUUGGGCUCAUUCGAAGGUGGCUAAGUAACGAUCAAAGAACCGCCAAAUCCGUAGAAAUUCGACCGAGUGGGAUGCUGAAAGGAGCACAAGAGAGUCCGGAGUAUUUCGGAAUGUCAUUGGUGAAAGCUCGCGGAGCAGGGCAGGUCCAUUGCCGAAGAGACGAGAAGAAAUGAGAUCGGUGUUCGGUGAUUUUUUUACCCCGACCGAACCGGCAAAAAGAUAAGGCGGACACAAAGCCGUUCAAGACAUAAGUGAACCGUCAAGAUUUCGGUGGCCGCCUUUCGGAGUAAGUAGUUCACGAAGGAAAACAUUUCUCUUGAGAAAAGCAUCGAGGCUGGAGAUGAAUAAGAUUCUCGAUUGUGUUCUAAGCAUAUCUCACUUUUAUCACUUCAUUUUAUAUUUAUCGGAGAACUGUGAAGAUUUUUGCCAUGGAAUUUAAAGUAAACUUACGUUAUAGUAUAGUAAUAAAUGGUUAUAAGGUACCAUGGUAUCGUACACGUUGAAGGACUUUACAGCAAUUACGUUACUUUGCAAAACAGCAAUUACGCUACUUUGUGCAAUACCUCCUGAAAUACUUUUUCCAGAGUAUUUCAGCGGGUCUGCAUCCCAUUUGCUUUGAGCUGCGAAAACGCCUCAUUGAUAUGCCCGGCACGGUGCAUGUAACGUUUCGUAAUUCACUGUAAACUAUGGUGACGCGACGAUUUGACGUUCGGGAACGUUUUCGACAUAUUAAUGUCCUCUUUAAUCUUCCAACUACCGUAGACGUAGACUUGCCUGCGCCAUUUAUCAAGUACUCUUACAACUCCCGUUGCGCGACUUCUGUACUUGCAAAAACUGGUGAUGCAAAUGAGCCGAUAUAAAAUUUUAUAGAAGAAAAAAGAAAAAAAAAAACAGAAGAGAUUUAGUUCGAUCCACUUAUAUUAUUUCAUUUAAAUAUGCCAAUUAAAACAGCAAUUAUCACUUUGGUUUCAGCGAAGCAGUAAACAUGGAGUUUUUCGCCGCACGAGGCGACACGUCAACAGACUCUUAAAUAACGUCAAAUGGUACCUUUUCUCGGUGUCUCUAGGAUCUAAAGAGUGUCAAUAAAUCAGGAUUGUACCCUAUGACUAUUUUCGCUUACCGAAUAUUGCCGUUUUGAAUGAGAAUGGGACACGUGAAGAAUGCGCGCUCUUCGGUAGAUCUUUCGAAUGGCUGAAUAGAACGAACGCACGUUCGAAAGGACCGCGAGAUCAUCAAGGUUCCCUAAUUUCGGUCAUUCACGAGGUGACGAGUGAGCCUCAGAAGGUGCAGGAUUUCCAAGCAAGGCAGUCGUGUCGAAGAAUCGCCGAAGACCUCACGAGGAAUUGUCCGAGUAUCUCUUGACGGCGAAGAUAAGACGACAAAGGCAGAAUGUCAUUUAUGGUCGGAGGGUUGUUGCUGAUUCUCUGCCAAUGGCUCGAGAUAUCGGAUGGCUACAAUGUCCUUCUGGCGACAAUGGGAGGGACGAAGUCUCACACGGUUCCUUUCGUCGCCCUGGGAUCAUCCCUUAAGUCGAGGGGGCACAACGUCACCCUUCUAAGUGCCUUUCCUGGACCAGCAGCUAACAACGAUCUUCGAGAAUUGGUUCCUCCUGUUCUUGAGGCAUACGUUGGAAAUUAUACAUCCGAGUGGGAUCUCGUGGGCUCCCGUUUCCGAAACGAACUUCCGCUUUCACCUUGGGAUGCCAUGAGAUACGGAUGGGAGUCUUGUGAAACUCUCCUUCGAGACGAGACGUCACUGACGAAUGUUCGUCACCCCGAGGGUAACUCCGGAAGACAUUGGGAUGUAGCCAUUUUAGAUGGAGCGUAUGCCGAAUGUCUGUUGGGCAUUUUGCACGGAGAGAACGUCCCUACGAUCAUGCUGAAUACGGUGGCACUCUACAGCGGAUCCAUCUCUCGGCAGGGGAAUCCUUCUCCUUGGUCCAUUACACCCUAUUUCGGCAAAAGCCUAACUCAAGACAUGAAUUUCUUCGAAAGAGUCCUCAACGUGGCGUACCUGGCCACCUUGGAAGUCAUGCACUGGAUCAUGAUUACCGGCUACGUACAGCCUAUCCUGCGGAAAUAUCUAGGCUCCCAGGUCCCAGACGUGAGGGAAUUGGUAUCGGAGGUGCCGUUGACGUUGCAAAACAGCCACUACUCCGUGGCGGACACCAUGCCCUACAUGUCAAACGUUGUCAACGUGGCGUGUCUUCACUGCAGACCAGCUCUCCAACUGAGCUCCGACUUGGAAUUGUUCUUGGCACGAGGCUUUAUCUUCGUUUCCAUGGGCUCUUCGGUCAGAGCUUCCGGCAUGCCGGAAACUCUUCGGGAGACCUUCGUUGCCGCUUUCUCGACAUUGCCGUUCAACGUUGUCUGGAAGUGGGACGGUGGUUAUAUUAAGAAUUUACCUGGGAACGUGAGGACCGCUGGUUGGUGGCCCCAGCAGGAGCUUCUCGGCCAUCCGAAACUUCGAGCUUUCGUCUCCCAUGGAGGGUUGUUAUCUCUUCACGAGGCGGCUUAUCACGGGGCCCCGACUUUGGUGCUUCCCGUAUUUUGCGACCACGACGGAAAUGCGGCCCAAGCUGAAAAACAAGGAUACGCGAUGAUAAUGGACCUCGCCAGAAUAACAAUGACUGACUUACGCGAAGCGAUUCUGAGAAUAGCCGCCACACAGGACAAUCCUUACAAGGAAAAUGCCAUGAAGAGAAGAGCACUGCUAAGAGAUCUGCCAAUUGGACCUAAGGAUCUUGCCACGUGGUGGGUCGAACACGUGGCAAAAUACGGCGGAGCCAAUCACCUGAAGAGUUCUGCAAGGCACAUGGGUACACUGCAAUACUACUGCAUAGACGUUGGAGCCUUUUAUUUAAUGACUGUCAUCGCUCUGAUCUAUGGACUCAAAAAGUUAUCCCACCGGCCAACGACAGCGAUCAUGGACCUGAGGAAAAAAGUGAACUGA